GCUUCUGACUCGAUCCUUUCUCCUUCGUUACGUUCUUUUUCUUGGCUGUAUUCACUAUCCUGUAAUUUUCACAGAAUGAAUGCGGAAUCCCUUGAUGGCAGACUAUUAUUUGCCGUUCCAAAGAAAGGACGACUUCAUGAUAAAUGUUUAGAGCUUCUAGCAGUUCAGGUGCCGACAUUCAGUUCCGAAGGCACCAGAGACUAGAUGUAUGUCUAGUUAAGAACCACCCGAUUGCACUUGUAUUUCUCCCCGCAUCAGAUAUUCCCUCCUUUGUCGGCAAGGGUAACGUCGAUAUUGGAAUUACCGGCCACGAUGUCAUCCUAGAAGCACAGAUGGAAGAACACGUUACGGAGGUUCUUCGUUUAGGUUUUGGAAAAUGUGCCCUACAAGUACAAGUACCUGAAUCAGGUCCGAUCAAGACUGUAGACGACCUUGCAGGGAAGCGAGUCGUCACUUCGUUCGAAGUACUUUCCGGAAAAUACUUUAGCAAGUUAGACAAAAAGUUCCAGUUGACUGGUGGUCAUGCAACCAAGAUCGAGUAUGUCGGUGGAAGUGUAGAAGCCGCUUGUGCCCUUGGUCUUGCUGAUGGAAUUGUUGAUCUUGUUGAAUCUGGUGAUACGAUGCGCGCAGCUGGCCUGCACGCCAUCGCCACGGUUCUCGAAACCGAAGCAGUCCUAAUCAAAUCAAGUACACCAAAAGACCCCAGUCAUGAACCUCUUAUCAACGUGAUCUCAAGUCGUAUCGCGGGUGUCGUUGCGGCAGGGCAUUACGUUGUUUGCCAGUAUAAUAUCUUGCGAGACAAACUUCCUGCUGCUACUACCGUUACGCCUGGCCGUCGUGCGCCUACAGUCAGUCCACUGGAAGAUGAUGGAUGGGUCGGGGUGAGCGUUAUGGUUGAGAAGAAGAGAAUGGCGAAUAUCAUGGAUGAUUUAGUAAAGAUUGGGGCGGAGGAUAUUCUCAUAUUCAAUCUAGACAAUUGUAGAGUAUAGUUGUGAAUGAUGGUGUCAUAUGGAUUUUCAUUUGUUUCCAAACUCUUUCAGCUGGAUACCUAGCCCCUAUGUUCUCCUAUGGGAACGAGCGACAUUUUUACGAUGC